UCGAAAAUAGUCGUCAGGUAUCGUGACCAGCUUUCAUUGUGUUAAGAAUUUCUACAAAAUUUCGGAAAUUUCAAUAUCAAAAAUCAUCGAAGAGAAGUGUAAAAUUUCUAAAAGAAGAAACUUUCAAUAUAAAUUCACAGUGCUUUAAAGUUGCCUUUGAAUUGUAUGUUCACCAAAAGAAAAAAUAAUCGACUUUCCAAGUCAGUCAAAUUGUGCAAAUAAAGUAAUCCGAAGGAAGGAAAACGAAAAGGUUGAGAACGACGAAUUAAAUAAAAUUGGUUGUGCACUGUUUUCGUUUCGUGGCUUUAAGCAUAUAAUACAUCAUAUUAAAGACGGCACAACUAUUACUAAGCUAUUAUUAACAAAAAAUGGCAUGUGCAACACUCAAACGUACUUUAGACUGGGAAGCGUUAAAUCAACGGCCUUCGAAACGCAGACGUUGCAAUCCGCUCGGGCAUUCAUCAGGAAAUGGAUCAUCACCAUUGCGCUCAUCUGCAGCUGCCAUCACUUCCUACGAAAACAUUCAUAGUCCCAGCGGUAGCCGCAUUUCUAAGGAACCACAGCCCAAUCCAUUCACAGAGGCCAAUCUGUCAAAAAUUUCUCCAGAUAAAAUGGCUCAGGAUAUUCGAGAUGAAAUCAAACGACUGCACCGCUGUAAACGUCUUCAAUUUUCAUCGUCCACCAUAGACGGUAUGCAACAGGACUCAGAAUCUAGUGGUUCCGAAAUGGGCGCCGAAAGUCCACGUCGUCCAGACACCCCACCGAGCUUGGUGCGUAACCCGGAGAAGGCGCUUUUUACAUUUAAACAGGUGCAAUUGAUAUGCGAACGUAUGCUGAAGGAGCGAGAAGAUGAGAUACGUGAAAAAUACAAUGCUGUGCUGACUACGAAGCUCGCCGAGCAGUAUGAUGCGUUUGUAAAAUUCACUUACGAUCAGAUACAGAGGCGCUAUGAAGCCACGCCAAGCUAUCUUUCAUAAUCGGACCUCAGGCGUACUUUAUUACUAGUCGCUAAGAUUUCAUCGCAAAUAUACAUAAGUACUGUAUGUAUAUGCGCAUUUUUUUUUUUUUUGUUGAAAACUACAAUGGAAUGGAACGCCCAUCCUAACUAUUGACAAUUUGAAGAAGAGAACUGAAGCGAAAGCAUUGAAAUAUUCGUUUAAAUUAUGAAAAACGCCCGAAAUAUAAAAUGAAAUGGAUUGACUCAUAAAAUUAGCUGGCGUAUUUAAGUUUUUGCAUUCAAUUAAGUCAUCGUCUUGAAAUACCUUUCCGUUAAGGCAAUUCUGCUAAAAAUAUUACUAUAGAUAGAAAACAAGGAGCCUCAUUGCGAGAGUCGUAUCGAAGGCAAGUCGUUGGUCGAGAGUCGAAUCGUAAAGAAAAUUUCGUGUCAUUGCCUAAAAUUUCGACUCGACUAGUGUAUUAAAGCGGAAAAACUUGGCAGCACUGCAUACUUUUCGACGAUUUUUGUCGUUUAUAUUUUUCAGCAUGACAGUAGACAAUGCCAAUGUUGGCGAGUCGUGCAAUUUAGCCUAAUUUACGUCUUACGCACUGAGGCUGCAACUAUAAGUAAAUACAUCGCAAAACAUGUUUGAAAGCGAGUGUUUGUUAAAAAUAUAUAUUCUAAUUUUUAUAGACUGGGUUGUAAGUUAUAAAAAACUUUGUGGCAGGCACAUGUGAGAUAUUCGUAAGAACUAAUUUUUUCAUCACAACCUUUUUUUAUUGCAAUAAUUAUUCGAAUACAAAUUUAUUUUUUCACUCAAUUAUGCAUAUAUGAGAAAACAUUCGAAUACUUACGAAUGAAAUUGAAGAAGCAGAACUUAUCAGCCAAUCGUUCGCUCGCUUUCUUAACAUAAAGACGCCGAAAGUAUACUAAUAAACUUUUAAGCAGUCUGCGCAAUAUUUAAGCAAUUGCAAGCAAAUGUAAAUUGUUUAAAAAAUAAGAAUUCAAAGCUUUGAAAGCCAUAACAAUUCUUUGAACUACACUCGCAGCAAAGAAAGCUGCAAAAUUUGAAAUAAAACAAAAA